AUGGUUCUUGAUUUAGAUCUGUUUCGUGCUGAUAAGGAUGGUAAUCCGGACAAAAUUCGUGAUAAUCAAAAGAAGAGGUUCAAAGAUGUUGGGCUUGUCGAUACUGUUGUCGAACAGGAUACUCUUUGGAGGCAACUUCGUCACGAAGCAGACAACUAUAACAAGCUUAAAAAUGUAUGCAGCAAAGAAAUCGGUCAGAAGAUGAAGAGCAAAGAACCAGUUGGACCAGAAGAUGAACCAGUGCCGCAAGAAGUAGCCGAUAAGUUGGUUGACCUGACUGCAGAACAAUUAAGGCCUUUGACAGUGAAUCAGAUCAAAAAGGUCAGGCUAUUAAUAGAUGAAGCCAUAACAAAAAAUGAGCAGGCUCUUAUAGCAGCAGAAAAAGCACGUUCAGCAGCUCUUCGAGAAGUAGGCAAUCAUCUCCAUGAAUCAGUACCAGUAGAUGAUGAUGAAGACCAUAAUAAGGUGGAGAGAACACAUGGAGACUGUGAGUUUAGGAAAAAGUACUCACAUGUGGACUUAAUUUGUAUGAUUGAUGGCAUGGAUGGCGAACGAGGUGCUGCAGUAGCAGGCGGCCGUGGAUAUUACCUGAAAGGUGCAGCAGUGUUUUUAGAACAUGCACUCGUUCAGCUCUCCCUUAGGAUGUUGCUCAAGAAAGGAUACACACCUCUGUAUACCCCAUUCUUCAUGAGGAAAGAGGUAAUGCAAGAAGUGGCGCAAUUAGCUCAAUUUGAUGAGGAAUUAUAUAAGGUUGUUGGCAAAGGGUCUGAGAACAAGGGUGAUAGUGCUGUUGAGGAGAAGUAUCUUAUUGCAACUUCUGAACAGCCCAUCGCUGCAUACCACAGGGAUGAGUGGCUUCCUGAGGCAUCUUUACCCAUUAGGUAUGCCGGUAUAUCGACUUGUUUCCGCCAGGAAGUCGGUUCUCACGGCCGUGAUACACGCGGCAUAUUCAGGGUACAUCAGUUUGAAAAGGUAGAACAAUUCGUGUUGACCUCUCCUCAUGACAAUGCCUCCUGGCAGAUGAUGGACGAAAUGAUCAAUAAUGCAGAGGAGUUUUGCCAAGUGCUCGGUAUCCCCUACCGCGUCGUAAACAUCGUCUCGGGCGCACUAAACCACGCCGCCUCAAAGAAACUGGACUUGGAAGCUUGGUUCCCUGGUUCAGGUGCCUUCCGUGAAUUGGUAUCCUGCAGCAACUGUUUGGAGUACCAGGCCAGGAGACUGCUCGUAAGAUAUGGUCAGACAAAGAAGAUGAACGCAGCUACGGAGUACGUUCACAUGCUCAACGCGACCAUGUGCGCCACUACACGUGUCAUCUGUGCUCUGCUCGAGUGUAACCAGACUGAAGAAGGCGUCAAGGUACCUGAAGUCUUGAAACCCUGGAUGCCUGAACAGUACCAAGAGUUGAUCCCGUUUGUAAAGCCGGCACCCAUUGACCUUGAAGCCGCCGCUGCUGUCAAGAAAGGCAAGAAGAAGGACGAAAAGAAAUAA